AUGCCUUCCAAUCUCUUCGUGGUGGUUUUUCCGAGAAGAGUCCAGGCUCACACGGUUUUCGUUGACCGCAAAGAAAAACCGAAGAGCAAGUGGAGCGUGGGCGGGCUGCGGAGCCCACCGGGGCUACUAGGAAGGGACCCUAAGAACGGGAAGGGAGAUGACAAGGGCACCGGCCAAGACCAGGGCGCUGGGCGCGAUAACGCGAGCUGCGGCAGCCUUACUAGCGGCGGCGCCACGGGAGGCAGCAGCAGCCGGGAGGGGAGCCUCGCGCGGGCCUCUGCGUCGGCCGUCUCGGCGAGGAACGAGCUCAAGAACCAGAAGACCGUCCGCGUCCAGCUGUCCCGCCCAACGGAGGACGUCAUACCGGAGCCCGGGACGGCGAAGAAACAGCGGCGGGGCAGCCACAUGCAGGCCCUGGCCCACCACCACCAUCAGCAGCAGCAGCAGCAGCAGCACAAGGACCAGCACCACCACCACCCAAGCAACGACGUGACGGCGAGCUGGCACGCACCCCAGAGCAGCAACUCGCUGGUGCUGCCGCGGUCGGAGGCGGGACUGGCGUCGUCGCGUGGGGGGGGCAGCCUGGGGUCCGCGGGGGCGCUCGGGGACCUCCUCAAGAGGAAGGAGCACUCGUUCUACCACAUCCCGUCGCGCUCGGCGGACCUCGGCAACGGCGGCGUCGGCAGCCUGGCGGACAUCUUCAACGACACGGAGAGGUCCUCGCGGGCGUCGACGACCACCGGCGUGGUGGUCAGCACCGGCGGCUACAGCGGCCUCUUCGGCGUGGGGAGCGGCGGCGCGAACGGCAGCGGCGGCGGCGGCGGCGGCGCGAACCACAAGGAAGAGGAUGACGACAACGCUUCCGCGUCAUCGUCUCAGUGUUUUCUAGAGCUUGUCGGCGCCGACAGCGCCGGCAACGGCGGGGUGUUCGUCGAGCGGUGCCGGGGGCCCGACGACCAGCCUCACAGGGUCCCCGCGAACCGGGCGGCGAGGGCAGACGGGGACGAGAAGAAGGCGGUCGAAGGGCAGGAGGGACGGCGACGAUCGAGGGCAGAGGAUACUGACGGCGGCGUCGACUACUCGAGAGAGGGCAGACGACGAUCGUCGUCCCCGACGUCGUCCCCAGCCCGAGGCCUGGACGGGAUAAGCUCGAGACGAUCAAGCAUGGCCGGGCUAGCAGAGGGAGGAGACUUGGGUGAGGAGGGGGAGAGGAAGGACGCGGAGGAGGGAGGGGGCGGCGGCGGCGGCGGCGGGGUUCAGGGGUGGGAUCCGGAGCAAAUGGACGAUUCGGAGAGAGGCGGGAAGGCGACCACGCCCACGGCGAUGUCCACCCCCGGGAGCAAGCGUAGAUUAGUGACGGAGGUCAUCGGUGACGGAGACGACGUUGACGUGUCGAGGCCACAGGACAUGGACGAGGGCGAGAAAGUAGACAUCGAGCUGCUGGUGAGGGAUAUCCUGAUCGAGAUGAGAGGGGAUCAGCUUCUCAUCGGGGAGCCGACGUAUCACAUCUCGGCGUCGGGGAAGCUCAUGACUUGCAUCUUCCCGUGCGACGUGGAGGAUGCUCAUCUGGUCCUCACAAGGCUGGAGAGCGUCGGCGUCGGGUCCGAGACGGGGUCGGUGAACGUCCUCCCCAUGGAGAUUGGCCGCAGCGACAUCACCCGCCGCCGGCGCGAGAACGACGACCUGGACGAGGACAAGGCCAGACGGGCCCGACACAACCGGGCAACGGGGGGGCGCUUCGGGGACUUGAGCGGGGGGAGAGGCUCCGUGGACGGGUCGGGGGGGGAGAAGGAGGAGGACGCAGCGCGGCGCGCGAACGAGAGGUUCCGGGCGCUGGCGUCCCAGAUCAGGGUGACGCAGGUGACGGAAGAGAUCCGGGAAGGCACGAAGUGCCACUUCGACUACAUGGCUCUCCUGGUGGCCUCCUCUGCGAUCUCGGCCAUGGGGCUGGCCACGGACAAUGUUGCCGUCGUCGUCGCCGCGAUGCUGGUUUCUCCCAUCAUGGGGCCGGUGCUAGCCUUCACGUUCGGCACCAACGUUCGUGACUGGAGCCUCGCCAAGAAGGGCUUCCUAGUGGAGUCCUUUUCGCUGCUCAUCUGCGUCGGGGUGGGGUUUCUGGUGGGCAUGGUAGGCGUGAACUUCAUCGAGGCGGACACGUGGCCCACACACGAGAUGGAGACGCGCGGGAACGCCUGGGGGCUGCUGACGGGAAUCGCCAUCGCGAUCCCGUCGGGGAUGGCGGUGGCUCUGUCGAUCUUGAGCAAAAACGUAAACAGUCUAGUGGGCGUGGCGAUAUCUGCCUCCCUCCUACCUCCGGCGGUUAACACGGGACUGUGCCUGGCGGUGGCGCUUAUAGGCCCGGCCGUCCGCAGCUUCGAAAUUAACGUGAGGGAGUACGUGAUGAUCGGCCUCAUCAGCAUGAGCCUGACGAUAGUCAACAUCCUCAGCAUCUACGUGGCGGGCGUGUGGCUCUUCAUCUUCAAGGAGGUGGCGCCGAUCAAGUCGGAAAACUCGUUCUGGUCUCAAGACAUGAUCCACGCUAGGAAGUUUCAGCAGAGACUCGGGAAGAACGGCGGCGAGGGCGGGGAGGCAGCGCACAUGCUCAGGAAAACGCUUCUCGACGCCGCCAACCGGCACCGGGACGGCGACAGCGGGUCCCUCCACACCAGCGGCGGGGGGGAGCACAUAGAAAGGAAGGCCUCGUUCGCGUCCAACCCCAACACGCACCACCGCUACCGCCACAAGGACCGAAGGUAUCUAUCUACCGACCUAUCUAUCUGUCUAUCUAUCUAUGAGUCUGUCUGUGACGUGUAA